AUGGCUGACAAUAACGAAGACUCCUCUUCAUUAGACGCUACGAUACUCAACAAGAAUGACAUCUCUGUCGUCAUACCUCCUCCCAGAAACACCGUCCCUCGGGACGGCAUCACAACAUCUCCUUCCCCGAAAGAUUUCCAAGAAGAUGCUCUCCAUCAUCUCAGGGAAACUGGUGGCAGAGACAACCACGAAGAGGCCCUAGAAAACCCUUUCUCCUCCAAGGGCCAAGCUCCCCAGGACCAGACCAUGAUAGUUGUUCUGGCCGCCCUUGCGCAGACAAACGCACUUAUUCAGCAGCAGAACGACAGGAUCGGGGCGCUCGAGCAAAAACGCUGUUCGAAGACUCCCCCCGGCCACAAGUCUCGCCCUCAGCGCGACAUGGUUCCCUAUAAACGCCCUCGUUCACCCUCCCCGAGGGAAAACGCGGGCCCCGCUUCCAAGAAAGGAUCGAGCGACCACCACUCCCGACACCGAUCACCUUCUCCUCGACCAAAAAGAAGAUCUCGAUCGCCUCCUACGAAGCACGACGAUAACCGCAGGAGACACGUGCGGAGUCGCAGCCGGUCCUCCACUCCUUUCGCCAACGACGAAGAAGACGAGCGUCGGGGUCCUCUGUCCCGCGCAAUCUUGGAAGCACCCCUGCCGACCGGCCUUGAAAAACCCCCUCCACUGGGCACAUACGACGGGACCAUCGAUCCAGACGGCACAUAG